AUGACACAUAUUACCGAUCUCCCAAAUGAGCUAUUAUGCGAAAUAAUCAAAUACCUUACUCUCAGCAAAGAUAUCUGCGCACUUUCACGGGCAAAUCAUCGCCUGUAUGUUAUUGCUACUGAACAACUCAACUCAAAUCUCCACCACCUUUUCAAGUCAAAGAAUAAAACAUACGGAGAGCAUCAGGCAUUUCGCCGGGCCGUCAAAGACGGAAAGGACUUAUGUGUUCGCAAGUUCCUUAAGGCCGGGCUUGAAAUCAUGCAUCAUGGGUCCGAAGAGCAUCCGAUCCUUCUUGCAGCACGACAAGGACAUGCGAAAAUUGUGCAAGAUUUUCUGGAAUAUGGCAUAGACCCGAAUCCCCUGACAGAAUUCCUGGGUUGGAUGGGCCGGAAAAUGUUUGGUAAUCCCUUAACGGUGGCAGCUGAGCACGGUCGUGUAUCAGUGGUCAGGCUCUUGAUUGAACAUGGAGUUCAGCUGGAGUUUGACAGAGAAGAAGUCGAUGACCAGCCCUUGUCACUGGCGACAAAGGGAAGGCAUAUAGAAGUGGUCAAAGUUCUCUUGGAUCAUGGAUGUGACCCCCACACGCCUGGCAGACGCAGAACAGCGUGGAGAACAGCUGCGGAAUCUGAUCUGAAUAUCCUCAAGCUCUUCAUUGAUAGGGGCGCAGAGCCUGUCUUUUUUGCUCCAAGUGGAUCUGCUGGUCUCAAAAAUGAAUACCACUGGGCGAUGAUGACAGCACUUAGACAGGUCGAUAUACCACUCAUGAAAUUUCUUUUUGAGCAAGGUGUUGAGCUCGAACGCUGGCAGCCAUUCAACUGGUAUACGCAUGCUCUUGAUCAUAUCGGCGACUGUGACCCUUUAUAUAGAAUUGGCUCUGCAAUAGGUCGAAGUCCUCAAAAUGCUGAGUUCUUGUCAGAGAAAAUUGAUUUGGACGGCAUCGUGAACGGAGACAAUUUGCGCGACCUUGUAUCUCUUAUGACCGAUCCUCAAAACGCCCAACAGUCGAUCCUCUGGAGUGGAAAGACCAUCUUAGCUGUUGCAUGGCAGUUGCCAUACGAAGAGGUCAUAUCAAUCGUGGUGGAGUUGCUCAUUGAUUACGGAGCAGAUCCAAGGGGUGCCGUCAAAGACAGACUGGCUCGAGAUGGCUAUAGGCCACCGAUAUUCACGGCAGCUAGAUAUGGCCACACCGAGAUAAUCGAGCUGUUACUCGAUCGAGGAGCAAAUCCGUUCCCUCGUCAACCUGUAACCCUCUUUGAGAUAGCAACCGACUAUUAUCCCAGGUCACUCCCAGAUAUUGUUCGCGUUUUACUAAAAAGAGAUAUCCUUACUCCUAAAACAGCUAGAAAAGGAAAGGCUCGCAAUACUCUGAAAGUUGCUGUCAACGGGGGAGCUGAAGUUUUUCAGCUUGUGAUACAACAUAUGGGAAUCAAGCUUCAAAGAGGUGACUCCCUCCAUGAAGAGGCUUUCGAAGAAGCGGUUGGGUGGCAUGACACCACAAUUCUGAAGUACUUUAUCGAAGCCGUUUUUUACCCAAUUCUGGAAGAAUGA